AUGUCAUUGCACACCCAAUUCGAAACUAUUUUAUUUAUUCUCAAAAUUUAUGCUGGUUUAUCAAUAUUCUCAGUACUUUGGUUCAUAUACUCAUUCAAUGUAUAUAUUAAAUGCAUUCCAAAUCAAUUAAAAAAUAUUGACCAAUCAAAAUUCGAUUUUUGCAAAAGAUUAGACUAUGAAAACAUAUCUCUGUUUUACUCCGUACUUGGAUCAAUUCUUUACUGCCCUUUUCGAAUACUUGUGCUUUGCUUGACAGCGUCUAUAGUUAUUCCGGUUUUACUUGUUUUAAAGUUAAUUGGAAGUAUAUUUCCUCUGAUAAAUGGAACUCUUUUCUACAACUACAUUCAUAUACUAAUUGUGAAGUUUGCUGGAGCAUUCACACUCAGACUACUGGGUGUUGUAGAAGUUGAUCAUUAUUUACUUGAAAAAAAUAAUGAAGUUUGUGGACAAGUCAGUUACAACUGUAUAAAGUCGGACAAUAUCCCCGAAAUGAAUGACGUUGUAACAAUUGUUUCUAAUCAUGUUUCUAUUUUAGACAUUUCCUUCUUUAUGAGAUAUGUUUCUUGUGGAUUUGUUGCUCAAAAAGAAAUCCGUGAAAACUACAUUUUAGGAACUUUUGCAGAUGUAAUUGGAUGCAUUUAUGUCGACAGAAGCUGUACGGAAACUAGGUCGAAGGCAAAACACUUAAUCCAAGAUAGGCAACUCAAAAGAUUUGAAUUGGUUAGUUCUAGAACAGCUGAUGCUAUUACCACUCCUAAAAUUAAAGAUUCAAAUAUUUUUAUUUUGAAUGAAAUAAGUAAAUAUUUUAAUUAUUUAAAAAAAACUCCACUGGUUGUAUUUCCCGAAGGGACCACAACUAAUGGUAAUGAUAUUAUUCCUUUCAAGCUAGGUGCAUUUGAAUCCCUUACUCCCGUAAUGCCCGUUGUUCUUUUAUAUAAAUAUUCAGCAUACUCUCCGGCAUUUGAGAUAGUCCCAUUUUGGGUACUUUUAUGUUUACUUUUCUGCAACUAUGGCAAAAUAACUCUCUCUGCCUAUUGGCUACCACAAAUGUAUGCAGCAAAGACAAAAAAUAAUGAACAUUCAACUAAAGACUUUGCCAACCGAGUAAGGGAGCUUAUGAUCAAGGUACUUAAAAAGGCUAAGGAGUGUGACAAUAUCAAUUACUUACAAAUUUCCAAACAAAAAAGUCAUCAAGUAGACUUAAAGAACAUCAGAAAGUUUGAAAUAUCUAUUAACGGAAAUUCGGAUAGUAGCAAUUCGACUGCAACUGGUUCUCUUAGGUUGAAACAAGAAUAUAUUCGCAUGCUUAAUAAUUAA